AUGGCCAGGGAACUAGAAGGGAAGACUUUCCUAAUAAAGUGGAAUUUAAGCAAAGACGGACAGGAAGUACAGGUUUCCAAGGCAGGAGCAAGGCAGCGAUCUGCAGCAUUCCAGGUGGAGGAACAUGCCUCUGCAUUCAAGGAAUGGCCAAAGGAGAACGGAAACAUCUGCUUUCGGAACCAGGGCUGUAAGAGCCGGUGCUGCCGCAAGGCAGAUGACAACUGCGAGUCGCACUGCACCAUGUUGGGGUCUGAGGGCAGCAAGUGUCAAACGCAGAUUUUCUUCGGCCUGUAUAAGGAGUGUCCCUGCCAAUCAAACCUGACUUGUAUAUUCCCGAAGAAUCAGAAAACAUUUAAACUCAUCUACGGCAGUUGUGAGAAAUAUGUAAAUCAGAAGACUCUUGAGAAAACAUGGUUCUAAUGCUGUCCUCCUCUGCGGCCCACCCUCCUGCCUACUCAGAACUCUGUGUUCCUGCCUCCGGCCCCAGAGCCUUGCUGGCAGGGGACAGGAGGGACAAUGAUGUCUCACUGCUGAAAUAAAGAAUGUUCAGUGUUGGCUGCCUGCUGAGCUGGGCAGGGGUGGUACAGGUUGUUGGGGGGUUAGAAGAGGAUGAGGGGGCGAAGCAAGAAGAAAUACUCUUGGGCUUGGGGGUCUUUCUCCAGUUGGGGUAUGAAUCAAAGUCCCCCAGAGGAGAGCUAAGAUCCCCUCCAACCCCAACCCCAUCCCAUAAUCUAGCUUCUGAAAGCCCAGGUUAUACUUGGUCUCUUGGUUCCCUUGACUUGAAUUUUCAAAAAUGUGAAAGACAGUAAUGAAAUAUACAUGUGUACAAAGA